ACUCUGAACUCGAGGAAAAUUUUGCUUUAUUUCAUUUCAAACGACAAAGCAUCAUUGAUUACUCAUUAGUAUUGGAAUAAUAGUUUUAAAGUGCUCUUUACCUAUCAUAUAUUUGGAAUCAAAAAUCAUGUUUUUGAGAAUUAUUUUCAAAUAUUUAUACUUUGAGUGAAAGUGAAAGUAGCAUGAAGCGACUAAGUCUGAAGCGAAAACUUGGUCCUACAAAUGAGGAAAAGUCAUUUGUUCAGUCUGCUCUGAAAUCAAAGGAUUUAUCUUUUAACAAAAGAACUAAUGAUACCCAUGACAAUGCCAAUGACAGAUCACAAGAAAAUGUUCCAACAGAAACAAACCAGCAACCAAUGCAAACCAAGCUCACACCUUUCCCUCCAUUCAUACCUAAUAAGAGGGUGGAAGACAAUGUGAUUCAAAAAAAGCCCAUAGAAGAAAUGUCACCAUUCCCACCUAUGUGCCCUUUGUGCAGAAAACGGAAGCCACCUUCUUGUGAUAUCCUGGAAAAUUGCUUGACAGUCAUUACAAAAAGUGAAAGGAAAAGCUGUGCACCAGAAACUUCAGAAGUGCAGGGUGAUAAAGUGAGAUCACCUAUACAGGAAACACAGCGUGAACCAUCACAAAGUGCAAGCACUGUUUCACAAUGUCCCAUGUGUGGCAAAGCUUUUGAUCCAAGUUUCACUAUGCUAGACAUAGACAGCCACCUUGCUACUUGCCUUUCCUCCACAGAUGAUGAUGUGAACUGGUGAUUAACAUCUCCACUUCAGCCAAUCUUACCCUAAAGUGUUCAUUUUUUAUGUUUAAAAAAAAAUAUUAAUAAAAACAGAAAUUAGCCAAAUGUGUUUUAACUUUUAAGUGAAU